CGCACCGCUGCGGGCUCCGCGCGCGCGGGCCAUGUCCGCCUUCUGCCUGGGCUUGGCCGGCCGCGCUUCAGCACCCGCAGAGCCGGACAGCGCCUGCUGCAUGGAGCUGCCUGCUGCGGCCGGGGACGCAGCCCGAGGUCCUGCCGCCGCCGCCCUUGUCUCCUUCCCCGGGGGCCCGGGGGAGCUGGAACUGGCGUUAGAAGAGGAGCUGGCGCUGCUGGCGGCCGGGGAGCGGCCGUCCGAUCCCGGGGAGCAUCCUGAGGCCGAGCUCGGGCCUCCGGCCGAGGGCACCGGUCCGCAGUCUCCACCUGCCCACGACCCUGAGUUGCUGUCAGUGAUCAGGCAGAAAGAGAAAGAUCUGGUGCUGGCCGCCCGGCUGGGCAAGGCGCUGCUUGAGAGGAAUCAGGACAUGAGCAGGCAGUAUGAGCAGAUGCACAAGGAGCUGACCGACAAGCUGGAGCACUUAGAACAAGAGAAACAUGAGCUAAGAAGACGAUUUGAGAACAGAGAAGGAGAGUGGGAAGGGCGAGUGUCCGAGCUUGAGAGUGAUGUGAAACAGCUACAAGAUGAAUUGGAGAGGCAGCAGGUUCAUCUUCGGGAGGCAGAUCGAGAAAAAACACGGGCUGUCCAGGAACUGUCAGAACAGAACCAAAGGUUACUGGAUCAACUGAGCAGGGCAUCAGAAGUUGAGAGACAACUCUCCAUGCAGGUCCAUGCCCUCAGAGAAGACUUUCGGGAGAAAAACUCAUCGACCAACCAGCACAUUAUCCGGCUCGAGAGCCUUCAGGCUGAGAUCAAGAUGCUGUCGGAUCGGAAACGGGAGCUAGAGCAUCGCCUCAGUGCUACCUUAGAAGAAAAUGACCUGCUACAAGGGACUGUGGAAGAGCUACAGGACCGAGUGCUGAUCCUGGAAAGGCAAGGCCAUGACAAAGACCUACAGCUGCACCAGAACCAGCUGGAGCUCCAGGAGGUGCGGCUCUCCUACCGGCAGCUGCAGGGGAAGGUGGAAGAGCUCACGGAGGAGAGAAGUUUGCAGAGCUCUGCUGCCACCAGCACAUCCCUCCUGUCAGAGAUAGAGCAGAGCAUGGAGGCCGAGGAGCUCGAGCAAGAGAGAGAGCAGCUGAGAUUGCAGCUCUGGGAAGCCUACUGCCAGGUUCGCUAUCUCUGUGCACACCUUCGAGGGAGCGACAGUGCUGACUCAGCCGUGUCCACAGACUCCUCCAUGGAUGAAUCUUCAGAAACCUCAUCUGCCAAGGAUGUCCCAGCUGGCAGCUUACGCACUGCCCUCAGUGAGCUCAAGAGACUGAUACAGAGCAUUGUGGAUGGCAUGGAGCCCACGAGCUCCCGGAGAAUUGAGGAUGACUCCUUAGAAGAACAGAUAAGGCAGACCAGUGAGGACUCAAGAGCCCUGAGGGAGCUCAUGGAGGGAGAGAGGGGUAAACUGAGGCAAAGCCUAGAAGAGCUACAGCGACUCCACAGCCAGGUGACACUGCUGAGUGUGGAGAUGACUGCACUAAAAGAGGAAAGGGACAGACUUAGAGUGACAUCUGAAGAGAAAGAGCCAAAGGAGCAGCUUCAAAAGGCCAUCAGGGACCGAGAUGAAGCCAUUGCAAAGAAGAAUGCUGUGGAGCUGGAACUCGCCAAGUGCAAGAUGGACAUGAUGUCUCUGAACAGCCAGCUGCUGGACGCCAUUCAGCAGAAACUGAGCCUCUCACAGCAGCUUGAGGCUUGGCAGGAUGACAUGCACAGGGUCAUUGACCGGCAGCUGAUGGACACGCACCUGAAGGAACGGAGCCUGCCUGCUGCUGCCUUCUCCAGGGCCCACAGCGUGGGACGGGGUGCUGAGCCCAAUACCACAGAAGGCAAACGGCUCUUCUCAUUCUUCAGGAAAAUUUAAGCUGGGAGGAGCCGGGUCCAGAGGAUGGGUGGACACUGGAGGCAGCUGCGAAGGCAUGUGAGCGCCUCCCCUGUGGCCUGGGCUGGGCACCGCACUACCCACCCACAUGAGGGCAGUCAGUCCUAGAGCACUUGCUCCUUUUGGUCAGUGCAGAUGGAGACCAAGAGGUAGGGGCCUACUAUGACCUCUGAACACUGGUCUCAACAGAGGGACAGGUGGGAACCCUGUCCCCACUGCCCAGCCAAGCCUCAGCCUAGGUUUCCCCAGGAUCCUGUUACCAAGCAGGGCUCACGCCACCUCCCAGAGUGGCCCCUUGGUUGCUGAUCACAGCCCACCCCUCAGGCACUGCUGCCUCCUGUUUUAGAAAACAGGACAGAAGAAAUGGAGGCUUCUGACUGCAUGCCUCAGGAGGCCUGAGCCCCAGAGACCUUGUCCUGCAGGAGAGCAGCCCAGGCCCAAGCCUCCAUUCCUGCCUAGCCACUGGCCCAGAGUUAAGGAGAGGCGCCACCCCUCACCCAGUGCAUGCACGUCUGCUGGACCCCCAGUGGGCAGGAGGCCCAGUCUGUGGUUGCGGGGGCUGAGAGCUGGUGUCCCCAAGCUGCUGGGGCCAUCCUAAGCCCCAGGGAGGAAGGCGGGCCCAGUUACCUGGCUGUCACCACUGCUCUCCAGCCUCCCUGAGAG